AUGUGGAGUGUAGUAUGUUUUACUGAAGACAACACAGUUGCAGCUGUGCCUAAGUUUUGGUAUCGUGAUGGUUAUUGUGCGUGGCCAAAUAGGUCUUUCCAGAAAUAUAUUGAUCGCCGUGUAAAUCCAAAUGAAUUGGAGUUUACACAUUUUAAAGCAAAGGUUCUACACACAGACAUAGCUAAUCUUUUAGAAGCUCGAUCAGUAGCUCAAGAUAAUUCUGGGAUAUCAUCCAAUGAAAAUCCUGAUGUAAACACUAACUUAAAAAGGAUUCGAAAACCUAAAUCAGUUUAUAAAGCAAAUGAACCUGUUAAUUAUCCAAGUCCUCCUGGCCAUAUUUCUGAAGAAUCUGAAGACUUAUUUAAUAUUAAUGAUAAUUCUGAUAAAGAUAAGUCAUACACUAUGGCAAGAAAUGAAUCCGUUUCAAGUUCUGACGAAAGCAGUAACUGUAUUUUUAAUGAUACAACAUUAAAAUCAAAAUUAAACGUUGAAACUCCGCAAUUCAAACAACAUAAGAAAACAUCCACUGAGGGAACUUCUGAAAUAUCAGGAACUGCCAAUAAAAAGUUGAAAAUAUUUCAUCAUAACAUUUCUACCAAUUCAACUCACCAAUCAACAACACCUGAAGUACCAACAACUAAAAUAUCUACAAGCACAUCAACAAUAUUAUCCCCUUCUAUUGAACUUGAAAGUGAUAAAGCAUUCAAAAAAUUUGUAACCAGAAGCCUAACCAAUAUAAAAUAUGAAAUUGAGUCCAUCCAAAAAAGACAAGAUUCUUUCCGUGAGCUAUUAGAAAGCUACUUUGAAAAAUUGUCUAAUCCAUCUACCCAUCACUCAUCAAUCUGGGAUUCAGAUGUAUUUCAUGAGAUUAUUUGCAUUGAAAAUGAUAAUCAACUGGAAUUAAUGGAAGAAAAGCUGACCACAGAUAAAUCUUAUAAAAACCAAGUUAUAGUAACAUUAAAUCGACUAGUUGGAGAUUCCUUAUCAGAAACAAUCAGAAAAAUUAUGCAGAAGUUAUUUUCUGAUAAGUUUCUUUCAAAUUACUCGUAUAUAGGAUUUAAAGGAAAACAUCAGUUUUCCACUCUGCAAUGUUGUAGCUUAAUAUUUGAAUCCGUAAAUAAGAUGAAAAAGUUUCGGGAUACUCCACUCAAAGAAAUAAAAAAACCAAUAGAACUUUGGUUAGCUCAAGCUCCGUCUCGCUUAAAAAAACAAGCAGCUAAAAAUAUUUGUUCCACUAGUGGCCAUUUAUAA